AUCCCCCAAAGAAAGUGUUGUUUUAAGCUGUUAUUCAACUGAUUUAUGGCGACCUAACCACCGAGGUGCGCUCUAGACUCCUGAAAACUUAGUAAUCACCAACCUUAUCAAAGAACGAGUUACAUAAUAAGGAGCUGCUCUCACGUUGUAUGCACAGCGACUUCUUGAGACAAGCACUGAUUCUGUGUUCUGGGUAAAUGUUAACCUGGCGAUAUCAAAUGGGCAUCUUGAACUCUGAACUUCAGUUCUGGAGGCGAUCGUUGAUCUCAGCAUCUAAACUCUGACUUCUGAGAUGGUUGAUUAUUUCAGAAUUUUCAGUCUGACUCCCGAAGCAUGCUCUGAUCCUACCGCUAUAAUGAGCUUCUGCACUGACCUUCCAAACUGCAUGGGCGGCAAAUGCGCGAAACGUGCUAACAGCUUCAGUGCCCUCGCCUCCUUUUUCUGGCAGCACCUGCCUCUCAGUGUUACCAUUUCACCAGCGACCUCGGCUCGGAUGAUGACGCGCGCUUCUUCAAUUUCAACAGCAGGGAUGCGCACAUUUCUCUCCUUCAGUGUAGUCUGCAAGAGGUGCGAUAAAUCCGAUCCAAAGCACUGAGCAUCGUUAUUCAGAGACUUUGUAGAGGGCCCCCUCCCAGUCCACCACACCAUUAGUACUUAACCCAUUCAUCACUGGAACUGGACGGCUUGCUGUGGGACGCUGGGACAUCUCCCGGAUGAUUGGCUCUUUUUGUAUUACAUCACUACACUGGGCUUAUUCACUGGAUGUGUUCUGCAGAAGACGGAUCAUCACCGAGGAGAACGGACAGGUAACUUGGAGAAACAAAAGGAUUACUCGAAAUGAGGCGCCUGUCUUUGACUAAGAACUCGUGAUAGGUGAAUCCAUGGGGGGCUGCAACCUAACAAGUCCCGGAGUGGGAGAACUGGAACCUUUUACCCGAUCUGCCUCCUGGUACAAUGCCUCGAGUCAGUCUCUGCGGCUCAGGGAGGACAAUGCCAGCUGCAGUGGAUCAGAUGUGGUGGACCUGACUGCUUCUGAACGCUGGAUAAGCCCCUAUAAGACCGUUGAAGUGGUCUUUAUUGCGAUCGUCACGGGAUCACUCAGCCUAGUCACGGUGGUGGGGAAUAUACUGGUGAUGCUUUCGAUCAAGGUCAAUCGGCAGCUCCAAACUGUCAAUAACUACUUUCUCUUCAGCCUGGCAUGCGCAGACCUCAUCAUUGGUGUCUUUUCCAUGAAUCUCUACACUGUAUAUAUUCUAAAAGGGUACUGGCCACUGGGAGCAGUGGUGUGUGACCUUUGGCUUUCUCUUGAUUAUGUGGUCAGCAAUGCAUCUGUCAUGAACCUGUUGAUCAUAAGCUUUGAUCGAUAUUUCUGUGUUACCAAACCCCUGACCUACCCUGCCAGGCGCACCACCAAGAUGGCAGGACUUAUGAUUGCUGCUGCAUGGAUCCUCUCUUUUGUCCUAUGGGCCCCUGCCAUCCUUUUCUGGCAGUUUAUAGUUGGGCAGCGUACUGUUCCGGCCAAGCAGUGCUACAUUCAAUUCCUCUCCAACCCAGUUGUCACCUUUGGCACGGCUAUUGCUGCCUUCUAUCUGCCAGUGGUCAUCAUGACCGUUCUGUACAUUCAUGUGUCCUUGGCCAGUAGAAGCAGGGUCAAGAAGAACCGGCCAGAGGUUAAAAGGGACAUUACAGUCAAAUCAGGCAGCUUGGCCCAGGGUCACCUUCUGAGGCGGAAUAACAACAAUUCUUCUAAAGUAGAAAAGGAAGAAGAAAGGGAAACAGUAAAGAAUGGCAACCUGGGGGAGACCACCAAGGGGGAAGACAAGGAUAGCUCCAACGAGUCCAGCUCAGUCAGCACCACUGCCAAGGUGAGCACUCCAAAAGGCAUGGUGCCCAAUGUGCUCCCCAAUAGCCGAGCCUCUAAGUGGUCCAAGAUUAAAAUUGUCACUAAGCAAUCGGGCAAUGAGUGCAUCACGGCAAUUGAAAUUGUGCCCGAGGGGGACACUCCCAGUAGAACAGUUUUGGCCAGCCGGUCAAGUAAUGUGGCACGCAAAUUUGCCAGUAUUGCUCGCAGUCAGGUCCGCAAGAAGCGGCAAAUGGCUGCCCGGGAGAAGAAGGUCACCAGGACCAUAUUUGCCAUCCUCCUGGCCUUCAUUGUCACAUGGACUCCAUAUAAUGUAAUGGUGCUCAUUAGCACUUUCUGCCAGUCUUGUGUGCCGGACACUGUGUGGGCAAUCGGCUACUGGCUAUGCUACGUCAACAGCACAGUUAAUCCAGCUUGUUAUGCCCUGUGCAAUGCCACCUUCAAGAAGACCUUCAAGAACCUCCUUUUGUGCCAAUGCAAAAACAUUGGUGCCAAGUAGGCUUCUCUAGUGCUAUUCAGCCCUCUAGAUGUCCCCAACCUCCCUAACUUGACUUUACCUCAGCCAAACCAAAAAAUGGAGGGUCUCCAUCUUAAGGUCAAAUCGGCCAGGGACCCUGAUGGUUAAGUACAUUUCAAGUCAAGUUGUACAUCCAGUGUGGCCUAGAGAAAUGACUAAUGGCUCCUCUUACUAUCGCUGUCUAGGGGGUUUUCAUCAAAAGCCCCUAAGUGACACUCUGGCUCAGCAAUUGAAAUGACCGUGAAGGAGAACAAGAGCUCAAAGCAAGACCUCCUGAGUCCUCUGCGUCAUAUCAACCACUUGCCAUUAGGCUCACUCUCUGGAGUGGUAGGACGUAUGACAUAUAAAGUAUGGAAGGCAUGAGACAUGUUGUAGAUAUGUCUCAUUGUGGAGUAGGUUGGGGGUUCUACAGGGCACGAUAUUGAAAUAUGGUAAGGGUGAUUAUGUUGCACUCAGAAUGAAGGAGAAAGGAGAACUGAGGUGAAUAAUUGAGGGAUUAGACAGGGACAGUGACCCCAGGGAAGGCAGAUUGAGUGAUGGGGUGCCCAUAUAGAAUCAACACAGGAGCUCAUCCAAGUGGGUUCAACAUGUAAGCCACCUGGCCAUGGCAGGCUGCCCACCUUCCUGUCCCAGUCCAUUAAAUUAGCCUGCCUGCUGGAAUACGAGGUGGUAAGGCUCGAGUCUCAUCAGCCUCAGCAUGCGAUAACUUGCUGGGCAGGAGCACAGAGGCUGCAGAAGCUUUGUAAAUAGGGGCUCUGAAGCAGCAUGCCCACAAUGUGUUUCUUGCCACCUGGCAAACUCUGUAACUAUUUAAAUAUACUGUAGAACACAGCCAGAGGUGUAUGAAAGUGUGCUUCAUGCUGACUGAACCUUGCCCCCCUUCACAGAACCCAGCUUGUUUCAAAGCAGCCUGAUCUCCUUCUGCCAUUCACAUCCCCCAUUUAUGCUGCACACAUACACACACACACACACACACACGGCCAUGCCUUGUGUUGCUCUGUAACCCAGUAAGUUCACCAAGAGAGUCAGGUGACUGUGGAUAA